CCCCAGUUUGUCUUGGUACUAGGCAUCAUGCAAACCCUAGAAGAAGCUUAGAAACUUCCCAGGACUGGAUAGGUCAUCCCCAUUCAUAGCAAAUUCCAUAAACUCUGCUCAAAGCAUCAAGAUCAGUAUUUUCUUGAACAAUAAGUAAGAAAUUUUUUGCUGAUCACAACAAUGCUCUCACAUUCUGACAUGAUCAAAGAGAGAAAACAGCAAGCAUCAGCCAUCAUGAAGGAGAUCCAGCUAAAUGAAUCCCCUCAAAUGGAUCUUGGAAAAAAGGUUAGCAUCCCCAGGGAUAUCAUGCUGGAAGAACUAUCAGUACUCAGUAAUCGAGGAGCAAGGCUGUUCAAAAUGCGGCAAAGGAGAUCUGACAAGUACACAUAUGAAAAUCUUCAUUUUUUAUCUAGCAAACCAAGAAAUCGCAAUGAGAUCAUACAGUAUAUUCAGCUGGAUGCUCAUGGCAUGGAACCUAGUCAUCUAAAUGCCCCAACGACACCUCCUAAUACACCUGAUCCAAGAGGUCCACCCAAUCCUGAAACUAUUGCCCCAGGUUACUCUGGACCUUUGAAGACAAUUCCUCCUGAGAAGUUCAACACUACAUCUGUACCAAGAUACUAUCAAUCACCUUGGAUUGAGGCCAUCAGUAAUGACCCUGAGCUGCUGGAAGCUUUGUAUCCUAAAUUGUUUAAGCCAGGAGCAAUACCAGAACUACCCAGCUUUAAGAGCUUUAACAGAGUUGCUACUCCUUUUGGUGGCUUUGAAAAAGCAUCUAAACUUAUCAAGUACAAAGUUCCAGAUUUUAAUUUUCUGCUGCUAAAUGAUCCACGAUUUAUGCUCCUUGCUAACCCACUUUCUACCAGAAGAUCAUUCAACAGGACUCCUAAAGGUUGGACCACUGAGAAUAUUCCCAUAAUGAUAACAAUACAGCCUACAGAGGUCAAUGGUGUUCCAGAAACAGAGGAUUUGUGAAAAGUAAGUGCAUCACACAUCAGAUUCAGCUUGCCAGUGUUUUAAUCUUUUAAUACUCUCUACAUCUGUUCCAACAUCCUAUUUUACGUUAUACUGAAAUGUAAUAUGAUCUGAUGAUGCAGUUGUAUUCUGAGAUUAACUAAUAUUGCUAUUGAUUGCUAAUACAAAUAAAACUAUGUGGCCAAUGCAUUCUUAAAAAAACAUUUGACUCAUUCAGCCUUUAUAUUCUACAUAUUAAAUAUAACUGGAUUGAUUCUCACUGGUCAUUUUUUAUAUUAAGUUAUCAGAUAACGAUCAAACUUUCAGUGAUAUUGCAAAUGUAUCUAUCAAUUCUAGUUUGUAGACUUGCUACUGAGAUAUAGUGGCAAAUGUUUAAACACUCUUGGUUAAACUACAUAUUUUAAUGAAACCCUAACUGACCCAAUCCGUACAUGAUAUAAAAUUAAACAUGACAUCAUUUUGUGAAUCUGAAUGCAUACUUACUAUUUAUGUGCAGAUUUGAACUGACCAAAAUAAAGGGUAUCUACACUUUUGUUAAGUAAGUAUGCCACUAGAAAUCUGAGUAAAAAAAUCCCUUCUGGAAACAAUAGAAUUUUUGCAUAUUGUAUUUUCUAGGACACCAUAAUGAAAUUGCAAUUUAAUGUAAAUCUUUCAGUUAGAGGUUGUCCUUGACUUAUGACCAUUUUUUCUGCAGCUAUUGGAAAUUACAACACAGCUGAACAAAGGGAUUUACAUCCACUGAAGUGCCCCACCCUGCGGUCAUGUGAAAAAAAAUUGAAUGCACUCCCCAUCUACCUUCCUGGUCCUCUUAGGCUUUGGGCCUGCUUCCCACCUUGCUGGAUUCCCAUAGGCCUUGGGCCUGCUUCUGACCCUGCUUGGUCCUACACCCUCCUCUACACCCUCAUAAUGACUCAGUUUCUUACCUUUUCCAAGAUCUCCUGGAGAAAGCAGCCGAUCUGCCAUGUGGCCUUCCUAUAUGGAAGCCACAUUGCAUCAUGUGGAUAGCAGAUGUCAUCUGGGGAAUGGCUACAAUGAAGUGUGGCCGUUUGGAAAUGGUGGCCACUUCUAGAAUGGCACACGAUGUCCCAUGAGGUCCCAGUGUUGCAUAGGGGGUCUGAUGGGCAAUCGUGUUUGGGAAGGAGAGCUAGCUCUUCCCCUAUCAGUCUUCCUCUGCAGUCCCCAAAACCUGUGGGGGUCUCAGCAGAGUGGGAAGCAGAGUAGAAGGUGUUGCAGAAGUGUGGGAGACCUUGGGAGGCGGGGGCAGGGCAGGCCACAUGUCAACUGGGAAGGUGCUGCAAUGUAGGCCUGGAACUGCACUAAGACUCCCCCACCACUGAAGACUCCAUGGUUCAUUUGAGCCGGAAUGGUUGUUUAACAACCACAAUGGUGACAGCAGGGCCUGAGAUUGUUAAGUGAGGCAAUCAUGUGGGCACCUUGAUUAAUAACUUCACGAUUCAUGACUGUAAUGGGCAGGCUCCAUUAUGGUCAUAAUUUAAGGACUACCUGUAUUAAACAGACCUUAAGUAGGUCUAUAUAUAUAUAUGCACCUAAUUUCAAUUCUGAAAGUAUAUGUAAGACAUGAUGUCAUGUAUUGUUUAAGAUGUUUUCAAAUGUUAUGAUCACAUGUUGCCUGACUCUUGUGAAUCUAUGCACAGAGCUAUAUUUGCAUUUGUUCAUGGCAGGGACCCAUUAUGUCUCAUAUGGCUGUAGAUUCAUACAAGAAAUAUCCAUCUAUUUAUUUAUAGGCAAUCUCCUGCAAGAACUUAAUCACACUACAAAAUGCAUCAAAUGUAAGGUAGAUGGAAUUAAGCAAAUUUUUCACAACCAGCUUUGCUCUGUUUUAUGUACAUUCAUUUAUCCACAAAAAUUAGUCACAAGGCUUUAAUAUGAUAGAGAUGAUGUAUUACAGUAUAUUGCAAAUACUAUUUCAAAUGUAUUUCUGACAUGAGCUUUGUUUCAUAAUCUGCUUAUCUAAAAGCAAUCUCCUUCUUGAACCUACCCACAUUACAAACAUGCCCUGGGAAUCUCCUUUUAAUGUCAAGUCUCUUGGACAACACCUUCAUCUCAUCCCCAGUCCAUUGAGGCAAGCUUGAAUCAACUUUAGAUGUACUGAUGUUAAAAUAUUGUUUUCUUCCUUAUUCUCAUACUAUCAAAGGGUAGCCUCAAGGCAUAUACAUCUAUUAACAUUACAUUAUCUUGGAACAAAGUCAGCUGACUUGCAGUGAUUUGCAGAGGAGUAAGAUGGAUGUCAACAACCUGAGUGGAGAAUGUCGUGCUGUGGUAGUUUUCUCCCAAAUUAAGGAUAGGGGUGGGAACAGCAGUGGGAAAAGGUUCUAAGGCAGACAUCAUGUGAUACUAAUGUAGGAAACAGCAUGUCAAAUAAGAACACUUUGAAAGGGAAAGAAUAUAACUGCUAAUAUUGGCCAUAUUUUAAUAUCUAUGCUGCAAGACAUGCAAUCAACAUCAUAAAAAAAUUAACUUAAUCUAGGAAGUAAAACUUCUCUGAUUAGUCCUGAGAAGUGCAACAGGUUUCAUUUAAAAAGUUUUUCAUUUUGGAAAAUGAAAACAUAUCACACAGUGGGAAGAUUGAGUAAUACCAUUACUCAAGUUAGGACAACUUCCCCAAUAUCCUUAUAUUCGAUGUGGGAAACUGCCUACUUUUGGCAAGAACUCAUUGUCAUCUAAUAGCACCUGAUUGUCGGGGCAUCAAUAGAGUUGCUCUACUAGUUCCCAUCAAUUCUUUUGAGCCUUUCUGUAGGGAACAUGUCAUUCUGUUCCUUGCAGAUCAAGCUAUGCAAGGUCUUUCAGAUUUCUGUUUUUGCUAGCAUAAUAUUUCAUUUAAAUCACAUUUUUUGUCUAGCACUUUGUCAGAUAUCCAGCCCUAAAGAAGUAUUUCUGAGAUAUUGAAGAUCUCUUUGUUCCACAAACACUCCAUCUUGUAGGUUUGUUAAAUCGUCAGUUAUAUGUUCACCACAUUAUUAUGUUUUUUCAGCAUACCAGUGUAACUCUGGCAAUUGAUUUGUAGAAUAAAUCAUAAUUGACUGGAGUAUAUAGAAUAUUAAGCCACAAGUCCUUGAUUACAAACCAGUAUGUCUACAAUUAUACUUUGCACUAAGCCACAAUCAAGUUUAAUGCUAUUGGCUUAGUGCAAUGUAUGAAUUCAACGUUACAGGACAGAGUGGGUGGGGAAGGGUGAUUUCCAAGCAGCAUUUAAAUGAGACUCACUUUGUAAAAUAUUGAAGAUACAAUUAUGUGCAUAUUCAUUAGACAAUAAUUCUAAUAAAAUAUAUUCUAAAACACUUACCCAAAAUUCUUUAUAAAAUAUACCCUUAAAUAUAUUACUUUUGCAGAUGAUAGAUAGAAAAUUUGAAUAUAAAACUGAAGUUUAAUAAACAUUUUUAUGAGAAGACAUGUUUGAUAAUGAAGCCAAGUGAAGAAAAAGUUAAAUAACUUUAAAGGUGUGAUAAAAUGACUAAAAUACCAUUAAAAAUUAUUUUCAAUCUUGAAUAUUUAAUGUAAAUUAUAUAGACAAUCCAAAUGCUUACCUGAGAA